GUUAGGGGGUCAUUAUCUUUACCCCUAGCUGAUUCUUGAGCUGAUAGAAAUUUUGCGUGAACACCCAGGGAGUUCGGUCGACCCAGAUGGAUCGAUCUAAGUAUGGGAACCCAGUCUAAGUGCAUGCCUGUGACCUUAGUUAUACCUCUAUAUUGGGUUUGGUUGAACAGCUCCCAUCAUUAUAUUGUCACUGUACAUGUAUAAUGAUAUUUAAAGUUUCGAAGUUUUCAUUAAUAGGUUGAUGCUAAUUAAAGUUUGGCAAGUAAAUAUAAGCAUCACAGCUUAUUUCCUUACUGAAAUAUGUCAAACGUACCACUGGUAUAAUAGAGAUACAGGUAGGACCUAAAGAUGACAGCAUUGAUAACUGGGUUUAUAGCGCUGUUAGUGUCAGAUCUGGUAGGUUUGCCACUAGUACCAGGGAACAAAAGGUCUGGCACUUACCAACCAAAAUGAUAAAAUAAAAAAAAAAACGCCAGUAGAAAACAGGUAAAUAGCAUUGUCGCAAUUAUCAAAUAUGUGAACACGUAGAAUGAGAAAUAAUCACAGUUUUGAAAAAAUGUUGAGAAGUAAUCGUCACCUUCGCUGUUAACCGAAUGGCCCGUUAGAGCUGUGCUGCCACUAACCAACAUGGCGGCUGACCCGACGAUAAACAAAAUGUGCAAAUUUGUUAAGUUUUAUCAAGGCUAUUAAUUAUUAAGUAAUAUAUUUUGCUCUCAUAUCAGCCUAUUUUGUUUGGAAUGACAGUUUUAUUGCGACGUAAAUUGCGCAAUUUAGGCAGACGCCUGCUCGACCCCCACCUUGCGGAGCCAGCGUGCAUUAUCCGGGGUGUAACCCUGUAUACCCGAAUAAGUGGUCUUAUCACUGACCAAUGUGAGUCCAAAGUACUGGCGAGCAAGAUGUCUUUCCAAGUAGGCGUGAUCCGACUGAGCAUUUGGGUUAUUAAUUUUUUGGGUGACUUAUGCUUUAAAAUAUUCGGGAUCAAACUUUGCCAAAUAAAUCAGGAUGAUAUUCUUGAUGAUGGGGAAUUCUUAGGUUUAUUAGACGGGAAAGAAACCAAAUGGAUUGAACCCUUUACCUUGUUAGUAAGAUGCUACAGAACUGACAAAACAUUGAGCACAUUUGGAAGACGACUUAUUGGGGCUGGAUUGAAAGGUAAACUCCAGGUGAAAACCAAGAUUCAGGAGCAUCUUUUACGCGAUGACAGCAUUACAAAGACUACAGCGAUAACAGUUCCAUGGACGCACAAAGGACGCCGUCCUGUGUAAAGGGGGUUUUAUCACUUACACAGGUACCGUUACGCAAACCAGUAUUUGUGCUGGGUGUAAUGCGAUCUGGGACGACCUUUUUACACGGACUUCUUGCUCAGGACCCAGCGUUUCGUCCGCCUCUGCUGUAUGAACUUCUGAACCCUGUGCCUCCGGAGACUGGGGCAGGAACUAAGGAUGACCCUCGAAUUGCUGCUGCUGAGAGAGUGCCAGGUUUGUUUCAGGUCAUAGAUCCAGAUUUUCCAUCAAAACAUGAAAUUGGAGCAACACUCCCCCAUGAGUGUUACCAUCUUUUUGGAUCUGUUGGUUUAAUCGAUAAAGUUGCACAACUUUUCUGCUUCAAUAUUACAAUGUACGAAAAAUGGUGGAAAAAGUCACUGAAACGUGAAUACAUGGUUGAGUUUUACCAAGAUUACAAGAAAGCUCUACAAAUGAUGACGUCCAAGGAUGAAGAUGUUGGCCACCGGAGAUUGCUCAUGAAGGAUCACCUCCACAGCCUAUUCUCAGAGUCUCUGUUGGAAGUGUUUCCUGACGCCAGCUUCAUCAACCCCGUGCGGAACCCCGUGGACAUUGUUAGCUCGUGGUGCUCAGUUGUUGAUUCCCUUCUGCCGAUGUACUUCAACCCUGGUGUGAUAACAAAAUUUGAAAUAGGUCGACGUGUGCUGGAGGAUAUAGCGUAUUACACCUCAACCUUUCUCAAAUACAGGAAAAGCUGCGACCAAUCCGGCAGACAGAUUCGCGUCAUAGACGUGCAUCAGGUGGAUCUUGUCAGGGACCCAAUAACGAAAGUGAAAGAAAUAUAUUCGUAUCUUGGAAUGGAGUUGAACUCUGAUGUGGCCAAUAAGAUGGCAAAGUAUAUAGCUGAGCGCAAAAAGUCGAGGAAAUUACAGCGACACCAACACUGCUGCACAGAUUAUGGGUUGACGGAGAAGGAAAUAUUGGAUAAAUUUCAAGACUAUAUAUCCUAUUAUAAAAUUUCAGUGUAGUCCAAGGACAGGAGCUGUGGAGU